CGGCUGGGCGGCGGCGCUGCGCGUCUACCUCCUCGGGCUCGCGGUGAUGGCGUCACAGCUGCUGCGCCGCUGCCGCGGCGGCUUCCGGGAGCCAGCGCUGCCCCCCCAGCCCGGCCGCGUCGCCCUGGUCACCGGCGGCACCGAGGGCAUCGGCCUGGCCACCGCCCGCCAGCUCGCGCGCCUGCGCAUGCGCGUCCUGCUCGCCGGAAACGACGCGGCCCGGGGGGAGGCGGCCGCCCAGGCCCUCCGGGAGCAGACGCUGAACGACCAGGUGGAGUUCCUGUACCUGGACCUCGCCUCCCAGCAUUCCGUGCGGCGGUUCGCGCGCGACUUCCGGGCCCGGGGGACGCGGCUGGACGUCCUGGUCAACAACGCCGGGGUGAUGAUGGUGCCCCGCAGGACGACCCCCGACGGGCUGGAGGAGCACUUCGGCCUCAACUACCUGGGCCACUUCCUGCUGACGCGGCUGCUGCUGGGGCCCCUGCGGGCGUCGGGGAGGCCGGGCCGGGCGGCGCGCGUGGUCACCGUGGCCUCCGCCACCCACCGCCUGGGCUACGUGCGCCUGGACGACCUGCAGGGCCGGCUGGGGUACUCGGCGCACGCGGCCUACGCGCAGAGCAAGCUGGCCCUGGUGCUGUUCACCUACCGGCUGCAGCGGCUGCUGGAGGCCGAGGGCGGCGCCGUCACCGCCAACGCCGUGGACCCCGGGGUGGUGGACACCGCGCUCUUCCGCCACGUCUGGUGGGGGCCGCGCCUGGCCCAGAGGCUGCUGGGACGCUGGGCCUUCAAGACCCCGGACGAGGGCGCGUGGACGUCGGUGGUGGCGGCGGCGUCGCCGGCCCUGGAGGGCGUGGGCGGGCGUUACCUGCGGGACGAGGCGGAGGCCGCGUCCCACCCGCUGACCUACGACCCCGCGCUGCAGCGACGCCUCUGGGACGCCAGCUGCCGCCUGGCCGGGCUGCCCGAGGCCCUGGCGCCGUGACCCGCGGGGGGGGGGGGGGCGGGACUUCCGGGCCGCACU